UAAGGAGUGAUACCAGGUAAGAGAGAAGCUAGAAACGAAAGAGAGAGAGAUUGUGUCACCUCUGAAUCUUUGUGUUUUUUUGGUGAUAGAUUCAGUGAUUGUGAGAAUGGGGAGAGGGAGGGUGGAAUUGAAGAGGAUAGAGAACAAAAUCAACAGGCAAGUCACCUUCGCAAAGCGCAGAAAUGGACUGUUGAAAAAGGCUUACGAGCUUUCCGUUCUCUGUGAUGCUGAGGUUGCUUUGAUCAUCUUCUCCAACAGGGGAAAGCUCUAUGAGUUUUGUAGCAGCUCAAGCAGCAUGCUGAAAACACUGGAGAGGUAUCAAAAAUGCAACUAUGGAGCACCAGAGUCAAAUGUCUCUGCAAGGGAAGCACUAGAGCUAAGUAGUCAACAGGAGUAUUUAAAACUUAAGACACGGUAUGAAGCCCUACAACGUUCCCAAAGGAAUCUUCUGGGUGAAGAUCUUGGGCCUUUAAACUGCAAGGAGCUUGAAUCGCUAGAAAAACAGCUCGAUACAUCACUCAAGCAUAUCCGAUCAGCCCGGACACAGCUCAUGUUGGACACACUUUCAGAUCUUCAAAAGAAGGAGCAUGCGUUAAAUGAAGCAAACAGGACCUUGAAGCAAAGGCUGAUUGAAGGAAAUCAAGUAAACUCACUCCAUUGGUAUCCACAUGCCCAACAGGAAGUCUGUUAUGAAAGACAACCUCAACCUCAACACCAAAACGAUGAAGCAUUCUUUCAUCCCCUCGACUGCGGGCCCACUUUACAAAUCGGAAAUGGGUAUCAAACGGAUUCACUAACGGCAGGAGCAGGAGCAGGGCCAAGUAUGAAUAAUUACAUGCAAGGAUGGUUGCCAUGUUAAAAAGAAUAACAUAUAUAAUAAUUAAUUAUGGUAUGGGUUUGUGGGCAUAAAAAAGAUCCCAUGCAUGUGUGCUUAGUUAACUGCUAUAUAUUGUAAGUUAUUUGGAACAAAUUUAUGUCAACAGAAUUAAGAUC